AUGCUUCGCCUUCCCUGCCCCGCAGCCACUGCCUUCCCCGACCUGCUCCUCCGCCGCGCGCCAACCAAGCCACCGCCUCCCCCGACUUUCUCCGCCGUCACCGCGUCGUGCUUCGCCUUCCCUGCGCGCAGCCACCGCCUCCGCACCACUUCCUUGUCGGCGCACAUGGCGAGCCUCCCCUGUGCGCGGUCGCCAGCUCCCCUGACCCCCUCCACAGGACGCCAUCUGCACUCGACUGCCGCCGUUGGUCCCUCCUCGCCCCGCCUCGCCGCCCGUAGCUCGUCCGCCUUGCCGCCGGGAGCUCGCCUGCCUCAACCUCAAACGAAGCCUGCAGCCACGGAGCGGGCGCCGUCGACAGCGCCAGCAUGGUCGAGAUCAGACAUCGGAGGAGUCAGCGCUCAAGGAGGCCGCACUCGUAGUGCUCACCCUGUGCCGCCCCCACGCGUCUCCGUGGGAGUUGUUGCUGGCGGCUGGGUGCUGCUACCUUGCGCGUCCGGGCGUUGCUGUCGACGGAGGUUGGCUUUGCUACCUUAG